AUGUCGGUGCAACUUCUCGCCACUGUCUUCGGUGCCAAGAUCACCCCCGCCUCCGCUUCCUUUGAAGCGGCCGCAGUAGAGCCGUCACCCGCCACCGCCGCACCCGAACCUGCCGAACAGCAACAGCCAGAGGACAACGCCAAAAACGUUGCAGCUGCAGAUGCUGACAACGCCAUUCAACCCGCCCAGCAAGAACAAGGAGAAGGUGGAGCGGCUGAGGCACCGAACGCCGCGCCUAGCAACGCGGAACAAGCUCGCAACAACUGGCUGGAGCUCCGCGCUCGAGUCGAAAGCGUCGACCCGCGCGUUUUCGCCUUCCGAGAGGACCCAAAAUACCUGCAGCAAUGCGCCGAGGCCAAGCAGCGCCGCACGGCGGCCGCCACGACGCACGUCACCCCCGCCUGGCACUGA